AUGGCCGAAAAGGAAGGGUACCAUGCCGUCGGAAUUGACUUGGGGACAACAUACUCGUGUGUCGGAGUAUGGCAGAUUGACCAUGUAGAGAUCAUACAGAAUGAUCAGGGGAAAAGAACCACUCCAUCUUAUGUUGCUUUUACUGAUGCUGAGCAGUUGAUAGGAGAUGCAGCAUUUAACCAAGUUUUCACAAACCCCGCCAACUCUAUCUUUGAUGUAAAAAGGCUCAUUGGUAGGAGAUUCAGUGAUAAUUCUGUUCAAAAUGAUUUGAAGCAUUGGCCAUUCAAGGUAGUUAAAGGUGCUGGUGACAAGCCCUUGAUUGAGGUCACCGAAAAGGGAGUAAAGAAACAAUUUGGCGCUGAAGAAAUCUCAUCCAUGGUCCUCUCAAAAAUGAGGGAGAUUUCUGAGGCUUACCUUGGAUCAACUGUGCAGAAUGCUGUUAUAACUGUCCCCGCUUACUUCAAUAACUCGCAGCGUGAGGCUACAAAGAAAGCUGGUGUUGCUGCCGGCCUAAAUGUGAUGCGUAUUAUCAAUGAACCAACUGCCGCAGCUAUUGCUUAUGGGCUUGACAAGAAGGUUGGUUGGUAUGGCAAGAGAAAUGUGCUAGUAUUCGACUUUGGUGGUGGUACAUUGGAUGUUUCUCUACUUGUCAUAGCUGAUAGUGUCUUUGAAGUGAAGGCCACUGCUGGAGACACACACCUUGGAGGUGAAGACUUUGAUAAUAGAAUGGUGGAUUAUUGUGUUAAGCAAUUCAAGAGGAAACAUAAAGUCGACAUCACUGGAAACCCCAAGGCUCUUAGGAGGUUGCGAAAUGCAUGUGAAAAAGCAAAGAGGAUGCUUUCAACUAUCUGUGAGGCUGACAUUGGCAUUGACUAUCUGCACCAGGGUAUUGACUUCUCUUUAACCAUUACCCGCGCUAAAUUCGAGCAACUCAAUGCAGAUCUCUUCAGCAAGUGCAUGGAGCCUGUGGAGAAGUGUUUGGAAGAUGCUACAAUGAAGAUAAGCAGUGUGCAUGAUGUUGUUCUUGUUGGUGGCUCUUCUAGGAUUCCCAAAGUGCGACAACUUUUGCAGGAUGUAUUCAAGGGGAAGGAGCUGUGCCAAGGUAUUAAUCCUGAUGAGGCUGUUGCAUAUGGUGCAGCUAUUCAAGCUGCUGUCUUGAUAGGUGGAAACUUCAACGGGAAACUACUAGACUUCAGUCUCCUGGAUGUCACCCCUCUCUCACUUGGAGUGGAGAGUCAUAAUUCAAGAAUUGACCCUCACAACUUCAAGAAGUACAUGAAUGUGGUGGUUCCAAGAAACUCUCCCAUUCCCAUCAAGAAGAAAAAGAGAAUAACGACUCUUUAUGACAACCAGCAUUCAGUUGCCUUCCCUGUUUAUGAGGGUGAGAGUAAAAUAGCCAAACAAAAUAACUUUUUAGGUCAUUUUUCACUUGAUGACAUUCCUCCAGUUCCUAAAGGUCAAGCCAAAGUUGAUGUUUGCUUUGAUAUUGAUGCAAAUGGUAUCUUGAGUGUCUCUGCUGAGGACAUGUCCACGGGCAAAAAGGAGGGGAUUACAAUCAACAGUGAUAGAAGAACUUUUGAAGAGGAAACUGUACAUGCUAUUGGGAUUGAUUUGGGAACUACAAAUUCAUGUGUCGCAGUAUGGGAAAAUGAUCAUGUCGAAAUAAUAGCAAACGAUCAGGGGAUGAGGAUUACCCCAUCUGUUGUUGCCUUCUGGGGUAGUCAGAAGUUAGUUGGUGAUGCAGCCAUUUACCAACUCGAAAGAAAUCCUGCCAAUUCUGUCUUUGAUGCCAAGCGGUUGAUAGGCAGGAGAUUUAGUGACACCUCUGUUCAAAAUGAUAUAAAGCUUUGGCCAUUCAAAGUAAUUAAAGGUCCUGAUGACGAGCCCAUGAUUGUGGUUACCCAGGCGGAUAAGGAGAAACAGUUUUCUGCUGAAGAUAUCUCAUCCAUGGUUCUCACAAAGAUGCGUGGUACCGCUGAAGCAUAUAUCGGCACAACUGUGAAGAAUGCAGUAAUAACUGUCCCUGCUUUCUUCAGUGACUCACAGAGACAAGCUACAAAAACUGCUGCUGUUGCAGCUGGACUAAAUGUGAUGCGUAUAAUCAAUGAACCAACUGCUGCAGCCAUAGCUUAUGGGCUGGUCAAGAAGGCUGGCUGGUAUUGUAAGAGAAACGUGAUGGUAUUUGAUUUGGGUGGUGGAACUUUGGAUGUCUCAUUGCUUACCAUAGGAGAUGGCGCCUGUGAAGUGAAGACCACGGCCGGAGAAACCCACCUAGGCGGUGAAGACUUCGAUAACAGAAUGGUGAGUUUUUGUGUUGAGGAAUUUAAGAGGCAGUAUGGUUUGGACAUUAGGAAUUCUAAGGCUCUUAGGAGGUUGAGAAAUGCAUGUGAGGAGGCAAAGAAGAAUCUUUCACUUAUGACUACAACAAACAUUGUGAUUGAUGGUUUACAUCAGGGUAUUGAUUUCAUUAUGCCUAUUACGCGUGCCAAAUUUGAAAAACUGAACAUGGAUCUCUUCAAGAAGUGUAUGCAGCAGGUGAAGAAGUGCUUGAAGGAUGCUAAAAUGGAUAUAGACGACGUCAAUGAUGUUGUUCUUGUUGGUGGCUCUUCUAGAAUUCCAAAAGUGCAACAGCUAUUACAAGAUACUUUUAAGGGAAAGGAGCUCUGUAAAGGUAUAAAUCCUGAUGAGUCAGUGGCAUAUGGUGCUGCUGUUCUAGCUGCCCUCUUGAAUGGAAGUAGGAAUGAGAAGCUUCAAGGCUUUACUCUUUUGGAUGUCACUGCCCUGUCACUCGGGGUGAGGAUUAUUGGAGAUCUGAUGUCUGUUGUUGUUCCUAAAAACACCAAAAUCCCCACCAAGAAGCAACGUACACUGACAACAUCUUAUGCAAACCAAGAUGUUAUUGAGUUCGCCAUAUUUGAGGGUGAGAGCAAAACAACCUCAGAGAAUAACCUUUUGGCUGUAUUUGAGAUUGAUGGCAUUCCUCCUGCUCCUGAGGGUCUUCCUGAGUUUGAUGUUUGCUUUGAUAUUGAUGCUAAUAGUGUCCUUAGUGUCUCAGCCGUGGAGAAGUCUACUGGCAAGAAGAAAGAGAUUACAAUUAAAACCAAAAUCAACAGAAAACAAGAUCCGGAAAUCAUAUGUGUGGACUAG